CCCCUCUCCUCCCCCGGCGGGCUCGGCGGAGCAUUGUACUCACAUCCGGGGCUGGGUUUUGCUUUAAUGCGAAACGUAAUUAACCCGGAAAAAAGAGCCGAGAGACAAGAGAGAAGGAGGGGUGGGGGUGCGGGGAGGAGAGCGAGAGGAGCGAGAGGCACCGAGAGUUUGGCGGCGAGAUAAAGAAAUCCCCCGAGAGCGGCGGCCCGGCCGGCCGGAGACGCGCGUCCCACCCCGAUGUAACCCACCCUGCCCGAGCCCCGGCCGCCCACGGCGGGGGUGAUGUGAGCAGAGCCCAGGAAUGCCUUAUGUGGAUCGACAGAACCGAAUCUGUGGGUUUCUGGACAUCGAGGAGCAUGAGAACAGCGGCAAGUUUCUGCGGAGGUACUUUAUUCUGGACACCCAGGCCAACUGCCUUCUCUGGUACAUGGACAACCCCCAGAACCUGGCCAUGGGGGCAGGCGCCGUUGGAUCUUUGCAGCUGACCUACAUCUCGAAGGUGAGCAUAGCUACACCGAAGCAGAAACCCAAAACUCCAUUUUGCUUUGUCAUCAAUGCCCUCUCUCAGAGGUAUUUUCUUCAAGCUAAUGACCAGAAGGAUCUGAAGGACUGGGUGGAAGCCCUGAACCAAGCCAGCAAGAUCACCGUACCCAAAGUUGGGAGCCUGCCCCUGACUACAGAAGUUAUAAAAAGCCUGCCACCUCCUCCAGCCCUAGAGAAGAAGCCGCAGGUGGCCUACAAGACAGAGAUCAUCGGAGGGGUGGUGGUACACACGCCCAUCAACCAGAAUGGUGGGGAUGGGCAGGAGGGGAGCGAGCCUGGGUCCCAUGCCAUCCUUCGGAGGUCUCAGAGUUACAUCCCCACGACGGGCAGCCGUGUUCCCUCUGGGCCCCCCCUCAUUAAGAGCGGCUACUGUGUGAAGCAAGGGAAUGUGCGGAAGAGCUGGAAACGUCGCUUCUUUGUGCUCGAUGACUUUACUAUCUCCUACUUCAAGUGUGAGCAGGACCGAGAACCACUGCGCACUAUAUUUCUCAAGGACGUUCUCAAGACCCAUGAGUGUCUGGUCAAAUCUGGGCUCCCCCUCUGCCCAGUGCCCAUGUCAUGGGCCCAGUGCCUGCCACGGCCUUCCAAGUCUUCAUUUCCGGAGCCAGCUCUGCCUGUGACCAGUCCUUUUUUGGAAUUAUUCUCACUCUUGGCGUCCAACACACAAUCUAACAUUGAUCUCUUAAUGAGGGACAACCUGUUUGAAAUCAUAACAAGCUCCAGGACCUUCUACAUACAGGCGGACAGUCCUGAAGACAUGCACAGCUGGAUUAAGGAGAUCGGGGCAGCUGUCCAGGCCCUCAAGUGCCACCCCAGAGAUAUGUCCUUUUCUAGAUCCAUUUCUUUGACUCGCUCUGGAAGCUCCGGCCUCUCGGGGGGGCCCAACUCUGUCCUGUGCAGGGGGCGGCCACUUGUGGAAGAGAAAAAAGCUCUUUGCAAAGCCCCCUCUGUGGCUUCCUCCUGGCAACCCUGGACCCCUGUCCCCCAGGCCGGGGACAAGCUGCUUCCAGCUGAAGAGACUCCUGGGGACUCUCUGUUCACGCCUCGACUUGGGGAGAGCAGUACUUCUGGGGUGUUACCUAGCUCCCGGAUAAGGCACAGGUCGGAGCCCCAGCACCCCAAGGAGAAACCAUUUCUGUUCAGCCUUGAUGACGAGAGCAUACGGACUUCUGAUGUGUGAUAGGGCACGGUGUCCUGGGAGGGGGGAGGACUCAAGAAAAGGAGGCCAUCACUCAGUUUCCUUACGUUUUGGAGGACAGUCAGAGAGCAUUUGGCACUCAUAUUCCUGUGGAGGCUCGGUGGAAGGGGCCCAUUCAGCUGGCCUGUUGGUUUUUUUGUUUUGUUUUGUUUUAAAUACAAAUAUAGUGUAUUUAACUUGGAAACUAGGUUAGACCUGUGGGCACACUCAGUGGAGAGCAGGUUGCCUCUACUUUGCCCUAAGAUCUUCCUGGUCAGAGGAGGUUGGGAGUACAAUUUCAUCCCCAACCAAGUUGUAUUUCCUCAUCCUAAUUGUAGUUUUUUCCUUUACUUCCCAGGCCAGGCAUAGAAUCUCGGGCCAGUCCUCUGGUUUAUCUAAUUCCUGUUUAUUGGCUGAGGUCUGACUGUGAGGUAGGAAGGUUGUAACUAAACCAGUUGGUUUGCUGGGGAUACAUUCUGAGGGGAGGUGUUAAAAUCUUGGGGGGCGGCAGGUAGCUCUCAGAAUGUCUACGAGGAUAGAGCCUCCCAGGGGACCUCCAGAGGGGAAGAAAUAGAGAUCUUGUUUGAAGGUAUGGGCAAAGAUUCCACCUCAGUGGAUUGGCCAGUUCUGGGAAUUAUUCUGUUCUUGUCUAUGACCCCAAAUAAUGUCAACGUGAGUGACAGACCUGCCCCCCCAGUUUCUGUGUCAGGCCCUGGGGAUGGGUUUAUCGGUGUUAAAAGUCACGACUAUUGAGAAUAGAGCAGACAUUUCCAUCACUAGGGCAUUAUUUGGAAGUUCGGAGGGUUGAUAAGUGUAGGAUAAUUCUCUUGUGUGAGAGAUCAGAUCUCUAUCUUAGAGUGUUAGAAUUGCUUUAGGGUAGGUCCUGGGAAAAGACGGACAUCCAAAUAAACUUCAUCCAGAUAAACUUUUCUGAUCUGUGUUUUCCAGACAGAAGAAAAGGUCUGUUUCAGCACAGAUUUCUUGAAUCCUUAACCUCAUAACUCUAUUCAGUGGGCUGAUGUAGUCUAAUUUUAAGUGCUGUAUAUUAUAAACCCUGGUGGAUUUGCUUUCUUUCUACUCUUUCUGUUGCCCUUUGAAUGAAACUUUGCGGACUUGCAUGAUCAAACCUUGUAACCCUAAAUAAGGUUCCAUGUACUUAACAAUGAAGAGAUACAAAGAUAAUCUUGAGCGGUAUUUAUAUUUUUAGUAAAUAGAAACUGUGCAUAGUAACAUUGAUUUAGAGGCUCUGCGUUGCUGACUAGAGAUUUCCCAGGUAGAGCAUAGAUGGCACUUCCCACCCAGAUUUUUGGGUGUACCUUCUUUCAUUUGACAAGAAGAUACUAUUUCCAGGGUCCCUGGGAGAAUUUGUCCAACUUACGUGCUGAACUGUUAACUUAUCAGGAUUCCUUAAAGGGAGAGGAAAAACUAACUCAUUUCUGUCUAUGCCUUUUAUCAGCUAGAUCAGUUAAUUAGCUUUAAAUUAAAAAUUAAUGACUAGAGGAAGAUACCAAGAGAUGCAUUUUUACCUAAGUCAAUCCCUUCUCCUUCCUUAUGUCUAGAUCUAAUACAGAGGCAAAAACGUGUCAUCAGAAAUCUUUAGGGGCGUGAGAGAAAUCUUUGUUCCUUCCCGGCAGUGUAAUUUCCUUGAAGUCCAUGUCAUGUUGAGAACUUUUCUUGACUACACUGCAUUGAAGCUGUUUUUUCACUUAAAUUCUUUGGCCUAGCGGUUCUGGUAGAAAAGACACGUAGUACUGGAUUUCUCUCUCUCUCUCUCUCUCUGUCCUCUUUUUUGCAGACUCUUGUAGACUUUUGUCAUCAGAAAUUUGUGGCUUGAGAGUUAUUUAUGGGUGACCAAGGUUACAGCUUUAAGUAGCCUGAUAAGUAGGCAUUUCAGAUUCUUAAAGCUCUUUGUCUCUCGUUUUGUCUUCAGAUUUUCCUCAAGAAAAUUCUUUGGCUAGAUAGAUCAGAGAAAGUACAAAAUAUUGCACUAACAAAAAUAAGUUAGGAACUUUUGAGAUCCCUUAAAACAUUCCCUAACUCAUGUAAGCUGUCAUCUUUUGGUGUUUAAGCUGUGAAAAUGUACCCAUUUCUCUUUUGUUAAAUAAACUCUCUGCUAGAAUACUACUGCUAAAUUAAUUGGCCAUUAUAGUAAGCUGAUAAUGUUCCUUAUUUCAGUAGGGUCUAUUUAGGAUGUGUUAAACAUACGUAUAAAUCUAGAUUAUAUUAUUAUUAUGAAAGAGGGGGAAAACAAGGACUCUAGUUGGCAAAUACUUGGGAAUACCAAAUGGAAACAUUGUUAAUCUAGUUCCAAUACCAGAUAAAUAGAAUUAUCUUCAGUGAAGUCUGUAAGGAUUGUCAUUCCCAAACCUUAUUUCAGAAUUUUGUGUCCGUAUUUCUUACCUUCUGGCCAAUUUCACAUCACAACUUUUUAAUGUCACUGCACAUGUGAGCCAAAGAUAGUUCAUAUAUAGUCGAAGCAUUUGGCUUUAAAUGUGUAUGGAACCAGAUGAAAAAAAUAGGGCAGGGAAGCAGUAUAGGUUAGUAGUUAAAUGUAUAGGCUUUGGAAUAAAUCUGAGUUUGGGGGGGAAAAAAAAAGAACCAAAAAGGUACUGCAUUUUCUUUGUGGAGUAAAAACCUUCUCUGAGUUGUGCUGUUUUCCUAAGACUUUCGAAAUGGUCUUGACUCAGUUUAUUUAACAGUAUUACAGAUGAUCUUCCUAAUAAUUGAACUCUUUACCAUCCCCUAUUCUUGAGAGCUUAAGGAUUUGCUUACUCAAGAUCCCUUGGUGGUUCGUAAACAUUGUUGGACCUUUUGCAUCCUGGGAGACAUCAUAAACCUACUAAGGUGUAGAGUAGUCUCAGGUCAAAAUAUCAGAAGUUAUACGUUUAUUUCUGAGUAGAAUGCUGAGCUCACCCACGUGAGAAAGAGCAGAGCGAAGGUCCAGCUUUAUAGUUCACUUGAAGCAAAAGGUUUAUUUUCUUUGCUGAAUAUAAUAAUUGUGCUCUGAUACGGGCUAAAAGGACCUAAGUAGAAUUGAGCGUGGGAUUUGAUGUUUGUUUUUAUUGUUGACCAAUAACACCGUUUUGGAAAUUGAGUUUCCCAAAUGAGCUUUGUUUAUGUUUAUAAACUUUGAACAUGUCAAAAAUGGACAGUUUAGCAAAUCUUUUCUACCACCAUCACUUUUUUCUUACUUUUUUUUUCUCUAUGUUAUUGCGUGCGGCAGUCAGUUACAGUCACUUGUACUAAGUAGAAUUUGAAUAAAGCUAAUAUUAGC